GUAAAAAUUCACAAGCUAUUUUUCCCCUUUCAUCAUCAAAUUUCUCAAAGAAAGAAAAAAUCCCCAAAAGCUUUCCUGAAAAACCCUAAACGCCGAUCUCUCCAUCUUCUCCGAUCUGCCUUGUUUCCUAAAUCUGGUAAAGUUUCGAUUCCUGAUUCAUCUUCUUUAGAUGAUUUCGCGUAUAAUUUUUCCGAUUGAUUUCAAUUAUUUUUUCACUUUUUCGAUUACGAAUCUAGAUCUAGAGCUUUGAGCCAUGUUUCUGAGAUGCAAUUACAAGUUUCCGUCAAUUUUCUUGUGGUAUCGUUUAUGAGAAUCGUGUUCUAGGUUUUAGAAAUUUGUUGAUUCAUAUGUUCCAAAAAUCGGAUCUGUUGAAUUCGAGCAGUGGAUAUUAUUCACCUUCUUGGAUAUUGUGUAAUUGAGGCUAAUUGUUAUUGUAUUUACCCUAAUUCGUUCAGGUAUCUGAAUAGCCAAGUUUGAUUUUAUUGGAGUGAAGAUGUCAGACGCUUUGAAUAUGACUCUUGAUGAAAUUGUCAAGAAGAGUAAGAGUGCAAGGUCUGCAGCUGCAAGAUCUAAUGGAAGUAAAGGAGUUUCGCGUCGUGGACGUGGACGUGGUGGACCUAAUGGUGUUGUAGGAGCUGGAAGAGGAGCUGGACCUGUUCGUAGAGUUGGGGUCAAAAUUGCAUGUUUCCGCGCAUUUCAUUUGGUUUCUCCUUCAAUGGUUCUUUACUACUACGUCCUGGAGCUCUUUACCUUGACUGGUUUAGUACUUUCAGGCAAAUGGGUGCUUGCCCGCAGGAAGAGGAGCUUGCCAUGGCAGAAUCAGAAUGAUUUGAUUGAAGAAAGCCUGAGAGCUGUUGGGGUAUCAAGAGUGGAAGUCGGAACCACGGUUUAUAUUACCAACCUUGAUCAGGGAGUGACAAAUGAAGAUAUAAGGGAACUCUAUGCUGAGAUUGGAGAGCUGAAAAGAUAUGCAAUUCACUAUGACAAAAAUGGGCGUCCAAGUGGCUCGGCUGAAGUUGUGUAUAUGAGAAAAAGUGAUGCAUUACAAGCUAUGAGGAAAUACAACAAUGUACUCUUGGAUGGAAGGCCUAUGAGACUGGAGAUUCUUGGCGGAAGUGCUGAGGCUGCUCCUGUCGCAGCUCGUGUUAAUGUGACUGGAUUGAAUGGAAGGAUGAAGAGGAGUGUUUUCAUUGGACAAGGCGUUAGAGGUGGGAGAGUAGGAAGAGGAAGAGGUUCAGGUCUGUCUGGGAGACACCUUCCAAUCCAACAAAACCAACAAGGAGUUGUGAGAGGUGGUCGAGGCGGGUUCCGUGGUAGAGGCCGAGGUAAUGGUGGUGGCAGAGGGAAUAAAAGCGGCCGAGGUGGAAAGAAACCGGUGGAGAAGUCUGCUGCAGACCUGGACAAAGAUCUAGAAAGCUAUCAUGCUGAAGCUAUGAACAUCUCUUAAGCAGAAACAAGACUUCGCAUCUUGUCAUGUACUCUGUGUUCUUUUAUUCUUAAGUCUCUGACCUCAGAUGUGCCAAAGUCUGGUUUGGUUUGAUUUCGUUUAGAGUGGCUCUACUUUGCUUUUGUUUUCCUCUUUUGCUGCUUCACGUUUACAGUCACUUUGGUUAUUGAAGUUAAAAAGAGAUUUAGUUUGUAAAUGAGAAAGCUUUUAUUGUUAGUAUAUUUGAUACGAAAUAAUCUGUUAGUCAAUUG